UUAUGGCUAUCUCUAUGUGCGUCACUACGUCAGGCUCUUAACGGUCGUACGUUUUACGUCAGAUCGGUGAGUGUUUUGAAAGGAGAUGGCUGGUUAGCUGGGGAGCGAGUGGGAUUCACAUUAAAGAGAUUAUGAACGGUGAAAGAUCCAGACCGGACUCCCACCUGUACGGGUGAUGGCAACACGUUUGCAGUCAUAUGACAGUAACUCCAGUGACACCGAAAACUGGGAACGAAAAGCAACAAGCCGACCUCGUAAAUUCUGCAAGCAUUCGAGCAGCAGUCAGGCCCGUGCAUCUCGAGUGGAGGCAGAACAGAGGAAGAUGAGCCUGCAUGGUGCCAGUGGGGGCUGUGACCGCUCACGUGACCGCCGCCGCUCCAGUGAUCGCUCCAGGGACUCCUCACAUGAGAGAGAAGGCCAGCUAACCCCUUGCAUUCGCAACGUCACCUCACCCACCCGCCAACACAACAGUGACCGUGAACGGGAUGGUGGUCCCUCAUCGAGGCCCAGUAGUCCACGGCCUCAGAGGGUUUCUCCCAGUGGCUCCAGCAGCAGUGGAGUAGUGAGCAGUCGCAACAGCAGUCUGUCCAGCACUGAAGGCACCUUUAAGAGUUUGGGAGUCGGAGAAAUGGUGUUUGUCUAUGAGAACCCCAAAGAGGGAGGGGCUAGUGCCACCGUUGGAAACCGAAACAUUAGGACCUCAGAAAGAGUCACUCUGAUUGUUGACAAUACACGCUUUGUAGUAGACCCUUCCAUUUUCACCGCACAACCCAAUACCAUGUUGGGCAGAAUGUUUGGAUCUGGACGGGAGCAUAAUUUCACACGACCCAAUGAGAAGGGGGAAUACGAGGUGGCUGAAGGCAUUAGCUCCACAGUUUUCCGAGCAAUUCUGGAUUACUACAAAUCUGGGAUAAUCCGUUGUCCUGAUGGCAUCUCCAUCCCUGAGUUGCGGGAGGCGUGUGACUAUCUAUGCAUCUCCUUUGACUACAGCACCAUUAAAUGCAGAGACCUUAGUGCCCUGAUGCAUGAGCUGUCCAAUGAUGGCGCUCGUCGACAAUUUGAGUUUUAUCUGGAAGAAAUGGUUCUUCCUUUAAUGGUCGCUAGUGCCCAGAGCGGAGAGAGAGAAUGUCAUAUUGUCGUCCUUACUGAUGAUGAUGUGGUGGACUGGGAUGAAGAAUAUCCACCACAAAUGGGAGAAGAAUACUCACAAAUCAUUUACAGCACAAAACUGUACAGAUUUUUCAAGUAUAUAGAGAACCGAGAUGUUGCCAAAUCAGUUUUGAAGGAAAGGGGAUUGAAGAAAAUACGACUGGGGAUUGAAGGAUACCCUACAUAUAAAGAGAAGGUCAAAAAACGACCAGGAGGACGUCCAGAGGUCAUUUACAACUAUGUCCAGAGACCCUUCAUCCGCAUGUCCUGGGAAAAAGAAGAGGGCAAGAGUCGCCAUGUGGACUUCCAGUGUGUAAAGUCCAAGUCCAUCACUAAUCUGGCGGCAGCUGCAGCAGACAUCCCACAGGACCAGCUGGUGGUGAUGCACCCUGGACCUCAAGUGGAUGAACUGGACAUCCUUCCAAACCACCCACCGAGUGGGAAUCACUACAGCAACAAUUACAGCAACGAGCCUGACCCUGAUGCACCUUCACCUGCUGUCUGAGGACAUCCCGUCCUCUUUCAAUGCCUCUGCCCCUCUCCUACUCUACUCCCAGCAUGCUGCAGCAUGGAGCGCCAGGGGCACCAUAACCAUAUUGCCUUGACACCUCCUUUGCAGCCUUAGAGCCUCAAGAACCUGGCUGACUGUAGAAAAGCAACACAAGAGGGCCAUAAGACUGGUGAAAGAAAGAGUUCACUAUGAUUUUAAUUUUGUUUUUUACUUGACCAAAGGAAUUUAUUUUUCUGUUUGGAAUACAUUCAGUUAAACACUUAUUAAUAUUAUUAUUUACAAUGUUGUAUCUUAUUUUGAUGGGUUUGGCUGAGCACUCUUGUGGUGUCACUGUUUCUCACAGGGUUUAUUUCACUGAUCAUUUGAUUUAGAUUUUCUCGGGUGGCCUAUUACUACUAAAUGUGCUUUGGGGAACGAGUACAAGACUAGCUAUGGAGAAAAUAUGACUUUCUGGUCAUGGAGAAAAUCAGUUACCACCAUUUAGUGUCAUGAUCUCCAGCUGAACUCCUCUCAGAUGUCUUUGAAUCUUGUAAUGAGGUAUGUAGUCAUUGGCUGGAUCUGAUAUGUGAUGUUAUGCUCCUCCCGCAGCCAAGAUAUUAAGCAGAGCACAGGCUGUUGUGGUCAAAACCUUUUUGUGCAAAGCUUGAAAUUGUUGUUUAAAAAUACAAGUUAAAAUAAUUAAAUAAAGACAUCGAAGUAAA